CAGAAUGGCUGCAGAGUUUCUUACAGUUCCUCCUGGAUCUGUGGAUUACAAGGAUCCACCUUGGAGAUGCACUGCAGCUACACCCCCCCCUCCAGAACCAGUGAAGGGGUCACAGUGCAGAGGGCCUUCUGGUUUACCGACAGGCAGCACGGGCCCCCGGUGGACCUGAGAACAGACCCAGGAUACGCAGGGCGGGUGCAGUACAGUUACCAUAGCAACCGCUGCUCUCUGAGCAUCAGCCACCUGAGAGCCAGCGACUCGGCUGUGUACAGGUGUGCUGUGUUCAUGUUCACCACAAACCAACCGGACAGGAAGUGCACCGGCCAACCGGGAGUCCGUCUGUCCGUCACAGGUUUACAGGUGGAGGUCAGCAAGUUGAGAUCCUGUCAUGUAGAAAGGUGUACAUCAGCAGAGCUGACGUGUCAGAGCAGAUGUCCUCUACCUGGUCCAACCUUCUACAGCUGGUACAAGAACGGAGAGAAAAUGACGAGGGAAGGAACAACAACGAUUGGGGGCUACUUUUAUCCUGAAAAGAGCUGGUCCUGUGCUGUGAGAGGAUACGAGGAGCUCCGGUCCCCUCCACAGUGUGUUUACGGUCAAUCCUGCAACGUAGUGACGUACGAUGAAAGAAGCAUCUGUGCCUUCAGAGGAUCUUCAGUGGACAUUUCUGUCACAUAUAACAGUAGAUCUGUCACCUCUAAGUUCUGGUUCAGCCCUCGGCGUAGUGGUCGUUGGAAGCAUCUCGCUCAACCAGAGGACCUUCGUGAAGACUCCCAGUACGAAGGUCGUGUUGAGGUCCUUGAUACCAAGAGGGGACACUCCACCCUGAGAAUCAAAGACCUGAGAGAGAGCGAUUCAGCUGAGUACCGCUUCAAGUUCACCACACGGAGCUUUAAAGGGAGCAGCGGUUUACCUGGAACCACUUUGACCGUCAAAGAUCCAGAUGUGCAGGUGCAGGUGAUCUGGUCUCCUGGGGGUCCAAAGCUGAUUUGCCACAGCAGCUGUGUCCCUCAUGUCCCUCUCCCCUCCUUCGGUUGGUAUCGCAACGGAACCACGAAGGUUGAGGGUGAAGCGUCUCUUUCUUACGGAGGAUCCGUUGACCCCGCCGACAGUUUCUCCUGCGCUUACCAGAGCCUCCGCUCCCCUCCAGUGUGUGAGUCCCCCCCCUCAGGACAUGACUACAGCCGCUGUGAUCCAUGA